UGGGGAAACACCAGGAGAGUGUUUGCACACACUCCUCUCAUUUAUUGCGCAGAGGGAACUCCUGACUGUCACUUGCUGGAAUCUCAUGCUCUUGUAUCUUUUCUCUUCACUGAGGUUGGCGUAAGUUCCUGUAAAGGAUAUUGAAUGCGAGGAAGAGUGAGCAAUGACAUACUGUGAUGGAGGAGGAAAAGACUGCUUUUUGGGAUGACAGCACAGUGUCAUAGCUAGUUCAUGUGGACAUGACAGAGGAAACCCCCUGAAUCAGAAUCCCAGAGGAGUGCUGAAGAACCAUGCGUUGCUCAACCCUGCUGACGAUCCUGGCUGCCGUGCUGUUGUAUCUGGUAAUGGGGGCGUUGGUGUUUGGCUGGCUGGAGACGCCCAGAGAAGAGCUGGCUUAUGGGAAGCUUCUCAACUCUCGCCUUGCUUUUCUGCAAAACCACACCUGCGUCAGAGAGAGCAGCCUCAGCAAGUUCACUCAGGAAGUGGUUGAUGCCAUUGAGGCUGGAGUAGAUGCUAAAAGCACUGCUAAUUUCACCAGCAGGUGGGAUCUCUCCAAUGCUUUCUUCUUCUGCGGGACUAUUAUUACCACCAUUGGUUUUGGGAACCUUUCCCCUAAGACUGAGGGAGGCCAGUUGUUUUGUAUAUUCUAUGCACUGGUGGGGAUCCCCAUAUUUGGAAUCCUUUUAGCUGGAGUGGGGGAUCACCUGGGAACCAUACUCCGGAGGGCAGUAGCAAAGAUAGAGGCUCUGUUCCUGAAGAGGGUGAGCCCCACCAGCGUACGGGUCAUAUCUGCUGUGUUCUCCAUUUUGAUUGGUUGUUUGAUCUUCAUCGCCUUGCCCACCGUGGUGUUUCAGGAAGUGGAACAUUGGACUCUUCUGGAGGCAGGAUACUUUGUAGUAAUAACACUGACAACAGUUGGCUUCGGUGAUUAUGUAGCAGAUAACCGUAGACAAGGCAUCCCAAUGUACAAACCCCUGGUGUGGCUGUGGAUUGUGUUUGGUUUGGCCUAUUUCGCUUCUAUCCUCACUAUGAUAGGCAACUGGCUCAGAGUGCUCUCCAAGAAAACCAGGGCAGAGAUGGAAGAGCUGAGAGCUCAUGCCACAGAUUGGACUCAGAAUAUCCAGAACAUGUCCAUGGACUUCCGCAUUCCUGUCCCUCUGGACCUUAAUGACCCAUUUCAGCUCCAGCGUAGACGCCGGAGGAAACGCCACCGUGGUGCCCACCAUAGGCACGCACGAAUAGCUGUGGAUGGGCUUCCUCAUGGGCUCUCCUUGGAGGCUGAGCCCAUCAGGGAGAAUGGGCAUUUGUUUGUAAGCUGGCCUGGUUCCCGAUAUAACACCGCGUCCGAUACCAGAUUAUAUGCAAAGUAUGAGAUGAGGCCUGGAUCAAGACUGAUGUCAGGUCACGGGUCAAGACCUGUCUCCCGUUCUGAGCUGAGGUCCCAGUCCAAGCCUGCGUCAAGGUCUGCCUCCAGAUCAGUUUCUGGGUCAGAUUCCAGAUCCGAGACACCAUCAGAAUCCUGGUCGGAAUCAGACUGGAACUCGCAGGACUCCGGCUCUGCUUCCGGGUCCGAAGCAGCAGAGAAAAAGCAGUUAAGUGAGAAGGACGUCCCUGUUGUAUUGGUUGCAAGUUGUUCAGCUCUACCACCUCCUUCUCCUUCUUCCCCAUCUUCUCCUCCUCGCCCUUCUCUCCUGGACUUCUUUGGUGAGAACCUGGCUUACAUUGAUGAGUCUUCGGACACUUUGAGUGACCGCAUCAAACCGACCGGAAGUGGAUCCAACAGGCCUCGCAAGCCCAAGCGGAGAAGCAUGAGGAGGCAACUUCCCUACAGGGGUCCUUCAGGAAUACAGAGAGAGUGCAGCAAUGAACUUCAACCCCCACCAUAUCCUCCAACACCUCCACCACUCAAAGAUUGAUGCUGUGUCUUAAAUCAAGCACCUCUGUAGUACACUAUCUAUUUUGUAGUGCAAGUAUGCGUCAAGUGUGUUCACACUGGAAAAUGCAAUGGGUUUUUAAGGGGCAAUUCCAACGAUUCCAACAAUUCCAAGAAUUUUUAAUUCUCCAUACUUCACUGGUUAAAAUGUAAACAAAGUCAUUGAGAGUGGUUUAAGGUGAAAUGAUCUGAACUGUUCACAGUGGUGGUGAAAGGAUCCAGACAAAUAAAUUGUUUAAUGAUUUAAAACCCACCUUACAAAGAGAUAUUACAUGAAAUGGCUAUGAAUAUGCUGCCUCAUGCCUGAGAUGUUGUUUUGCAAUAGUUUUGAGAUUUACUUUUGGCCUAAAUCAUAUUUUUUAUAACGUUCGUUAUGUGGAGGUACUUACAGGGCAUUUUAAGACAAAACCCCAAACCAAAUUUUUUAUAUUUAUUUUAUUAUUUGUUUACCCCUAAUGUACUAACAUUACCUAUAGAAACUCAGGUUCUCAGUAGGUUCACUGGUCAGUUUGGAUAGUAAAAUAAAAUGGCUAUAUUUGCUUUGUAGACAUUGCAAUCUCUGGUUCCUAUCACCAUCAUUGCAAAGAAAUCUGAAUCAGUAAGUCUCUCUACAGAAAUUUAGAAAAAUGACUUCCCCUUCAUUACCCAGAUCAUGUCCUAGAACCUCAGAAAGAUAAAAUGUUGCACACUGUUUAUAGUUAGUAGAUGCAGGCUGCCAUAUGUAGUGGGCCAUAUAGCACUAGCAGGGUGACUGUUGCCUUAUGGUACAUAUGAGUUAAAUGUCUUUGUCCAUCAGCAUUUUUAUUUUACAAUUGUUGACCAUUUAGACAUGAUUCAGUGACAUGGCUGGUAAUUUAUAAUUACUGUUUAAUGUUAUUGGUUUGAGACAAUAAUACCCUACAAAAGUCCAGGCCGUAGACGAUGAAGGACACGGUGUACAGUGUAAGAAUGUAGUGCAAAGUGCCUGAAUUGAGACACAAGGUGAUAUUAAGCAAACUGGCCCCCCAGGACUGUGAGAGCACCACAGAAAAAUGAGUGGACAUAAACCGGUAUGACUUAACCUACAAUGAACCAUUAUGUUGAUGAGAUUACAGUUGUGAAUACUAAUUACUAUAUUUAAAGGGACAUUCUUUCCUAAAACUAGAUUAUGAUACAUGUUAUUUAUUGUGUUUUGCAGUGUUUUAUGGUACAGAAUUAUCCCUCAGCCUCAUGAAUUUGACAGAAUUUCCGAGUUUAUAUUAUCAUGUUAUCAUUCAGCAGUGUCUCCUCACUACGAUAUCCAGCAUGCAUUUACACAAACACAUGAACUAUUUGGGAAUCACUGUAGUGUCAUCCAAUCCUGAAUACUACCCUAGCCACUGAGCUAUAGGUGAAUUAAUACAACUAGACUAGAAUGCAUGCACCUUUUACCUUGGUCAUCAAACAAAAUUGUGAAGAAAUAGCAUUUGAUAUUCAUUCCAUACAUAAAGAAUUUUACAUUUUCAGCAUGAGAAAAUGAGCCAAACUGAGGCAAGAUAACUAGAUCUAGUUACCAUCACCAUCACGGCCAAUGAAACUACUAAGCUUAGGGUUAGGGUUAGGGUUAGGUUUAGGAUUAGUUUUAGGGUUAACCCUAACCUUUUAGCUUGUUGUUCUCAUUGUCUGAGUCAUUUGUGCCAUUUCAGUAUUUUAUUCAAUCCGUUGUAAUGAUGAUUUGAACACAUAUGGCAAAAAAUAUUCAUAUCUUUUUAUGCAUAAGUCCAGCCCAAAAAAUCCACCCAAAGCAAUGAUGGUGUAGUUUUUCUAUAGUUUCUCCUGGAAUGCCUCUGAGAUAUUUGUUGCCAUGAACGCAAUGCUGCAUCGCACAACUUCCUGGAGAGCUUAGUGCCUUCCAAACGAAAAGCUAACAUAAUAUUGCUGUCCAAAAAAACAAAAACAAAACAAAAAAAAAAACAUGAUGAUAAUGUUAAUCAAACAGCCUGUAAACAA